AUGCCGACUCCGAGUGACAGCACGCCUAGCUUGAAUGCCUCGUCGGUCAUCCAGGAUAUCUCCGCUCGCACGACCUGCCCUCCUGAACCGGAGCGCCUGCCGUCCUGGCGAGAGGAGCUGGAGUCCGACUCUGUGACCGAACGUGGCUCGACUCCCGACAAUGCUCUUUCCUCCGGUGUCACUUCGCCCCAGCCCGCCCUGAUGCGGACGGACGAUGCGAUCGCCGGUGCGGACUCGGAACCGCUGAAGGUGGAGAUGGAUACUAGUGCCUCUCCGAGCAAUAUGUCUAGGUCGGACGAUGAGCCCGCCAUGGGUGGGAUGAGCCCGCCCAGACGCUCUCCCAACCCUGCCUCAGCGGUGACCUCGUCGCCUUCAAACGCAUCAUUAUUGAGCUACGAAUUUUCUAAUAUACGUCUUCUCCCAAAUUAUACUUCAUCCUUUCUGCGACCGGGUAGCAAGUUCACCGGCACACAGCAGUCGGAUCGGCAGGUCUACAAUGUCGAUGUGGAAAUCAAGCACGUGGACAUGGCCGAGUCAUACCUCUGCGGGUAUCUCCGCAUUCAAGGCUUAACCGAGGACCACCCUACCUUGACAACCUUCUUUGAGGGGGAGAUCAUCGGAACGAAGCAUACCUUCAAGACCAGAAACGAAUCAUGGGGCGCUUCAGAGAAGACCGACAUGCACCACUGGGCCAGGUUUCCAGCCUGGCGGCCGUUAGCCAAACAAGCAAAGCGGCCUGAUUUCACGUACUGGGAUUAUGCUGAGCGCGACCAUAUCUUUAUGCGCUGGAAGGAACAUUUCCUCGUUCCGGACCACCGCGUACGGACAAUCUCUGGGGCUAGCUUUGAGGGCUUCUACUACAUUUGCUUCAAUCAAGUGGAGGGUACUGUUUCCGGUAUCUACUUUCAUUCGAAGAGCGAGAGGUACCAGCAGCUGGACCUCAAACAUGUUGAAAACCACGGGUGCGCUCCCGCAAUCGAAUUCCGUUGA